AUGAACGAACACAUGAGUGAUGCGGUUCCCAUGACCAAACCGGCCAGUAACGGCGUUCCACAACCAGAGACCACUGCCAAUCCCAAUCCGACCGGUGCGCCAACACAUAACAGGAGCGCAGAAAUGAAUCAUUUACUGGAACGCAGUCAUGUACCCAGGAGCGCGAUGUCGAGCCAGGGAAAAUCGUCGGACGGCAUGAGACAUUUUUCCUCCUUGACCCGUUCGACUAAUCAUCACCAUCAUGGAGAUGUGCAUGCCGGCUAUUUGUCGGAUGGGGAUACGUUGAAGUCAUCCAAUAUGUCACCGCAACUCAAGUUCUUCGAUAGUGAUUCAGCCAGUGGAUAUAUCAGUGAGGGAAACAGUGGAAGUCAUCAGAAACGGACACCCAGACAGAAAGACAGGGAGAAGGAAACCUAUUUCAUCACCUCACCUUACAGACUGGAUCUGGAUGAGUGCACGGCAAAUGAUGUAACAGACAAAGGGAAGAGUUUUUUCCAUCGCGAUGCACUGGGCAGUAACAACAACAGCGCGCAGCGCACUCAUCCCUACAGCGGCCUCAAUCGCUAUCCAAACACCGAUGCCACCAUCGAAGCCGCCAAACCCUCCGCGAUGCCGCUGCUGCGCCAUGCCGGCUCGAAGCGUACGGAUGAUGGGCCGCGCCGGCCACCCGUGACCCCGCCGCCGCGUGACCCCGAAACGACUCUAUCGCCGCAUCCCCGGCUGACCAACGGCAGCCUCUACACUACGCCGGCCAGCGUGGACAACUAUCUGCGCAUCUACGCCAGCCCCGUGCGGAAGCCCCGUGCGCCGGCCAACCACAACGAUCUCUUCACCGAGCGGCAUCCGGGAGAUCUAUUUGUCCGUCCGCUGAACGUGGAGACGACGUUAAUGAGCGACAUAAAUAAUUCCACUAACAGUAAAUCAAUUGGUAAUGCUCUGGAACGGCGGACAAAGCUAAAAGUCUCGGGCAGCACGCAGACCAGUCCGCAGGAAAUGCAGCUGAAAAUGCAGACACUGAGUGCUAAUCAGUAUUCCACUAAUUCCCUCAAUCGCAACAUUAAUCGCCAUCCGCCCAACGGGAGCGGUGCAUUCUUCCCGGUGACGGAUGGUCAGAGUGGACCGCCACGCUGUCGCAGUGUAGUGCAGCCGAAUCACACCGAGCUGACGCUGCCGGCCAGUGUAACGCCCAUUUUCUUCGAUCACACCAGCAACAGCAGCAGCUGCAAUCCGGGACACAAUGCCUCCCCGGUGCCGUCCAGUCCGCGACCUAAAUCGUCCACUUCGGCCCGUUUGUCCAUGCCCAACCAGGCGCAUGAAUUGUCCAUAUUGAAUAUUGAUCCGGAUCGCUAUGAUGCCACUGAUAACUUGUCCCUUAACGCUGCACUGCCGCCGAAAAGCCAGCGUCAGAUCCCGCGACAGCAGCUGCAAAGUGCUCAUGCCGACUCCAACAUUUACGAUAAGAUUGCUCAAAACGGUCUGUCCUCGAAAUCCGGCACGUUGGCUGCGAAUAAUAACUACGUUGACUGCCAUUACUCGCACACCGACCACAACCCGCCUGGGUCAACCGUCUGGGAGCGCAGUCCCGCACAUUCCGCUCGAUCCGAUUCACGCGGGCAUCCUUUGAGCUACUCCAUUAUUCAGCAACAAACGAGUCAUUUAGACGACCUUGAUUCCAGCUCCACGGCAUCGUACCCGUUGACCGGAAUAAGCCGCUCAUCGGCUCCGGGCUCGCCGCUCUUAAUGUACAGUUUGCCUCGCAGCGGGCACAACGGCCUGAAUCAGCCGCGCACCGCUCCCGGACUGUCGCCCUAUGUCGGGAGUUUGUUGGCCAAAAUCCAUAGUAAAAAUGACGAAAUGCAUGGAUCGGCCGGAUCGUUAGCGUCGACCACUUCGUCCAUGUACUCGUCGCCCGAAGAGCGCCAUGCUCAUGAAGUGCGGAAGCUGCGCAAAGAACUGGAGCAGGCGCAGGAGCGAGUUACAUCAUUGACCACACAAUUAAGCACUAAUACGCAUGUUGUGGCGGCUUUCGAGAACAGCUUGAACAAUAUGACGCAGCGACUGGAAACAUUAACAGCCCACUCGCAACGCAAGGAUGGGGAACUGCUGGAAUUGCGGCGGAUAAUUGACGUCCUUCGGCAACAAGGUGCCGAAGCGGGCCUGAUCAGCGGCGGCCGCAACAGCAGCAGCAGUACAGCUGGCAAUCCGAUCAGUCCCAACCUUGUCCGUCGACAUACAUUCAACUCCACAAAAGAUGUGCUUUCCGACAAUCCAGAAAAACAUCAUCAGGGCCUGUCGCGCCAGCUGUCAACCGAAUCAGUAGCAUCUUUAAAUAGUAACUGCAGUAAUGCCAGUCAUCAGUUGGAUGAGGACAGCAAGAAGAAGAAGAAAAAGAGCUGGGCAAAACCACCCGAAAAGAUUCGUUCUUCACUGAGCAAAGCAUUUUCGCGCUCGAAAAAUAAAUCAAAAAAUGAUGGGAAUGCAGAUGCUGAAAGUGUUCGAAAUGGCAGCGUUGACCUUUCGAAUUCGGUCCCGAACUCUCCACUGCUGCAAAACAACCGGAACGCUAGCCGAAUGGCUGUCAAUGGGCAGUUGCCUCUUCGAAAUGGUCAUUCGCACCUGAAACCAGCUAGUUCUUCCUCUGCGCUUGAUCGAAUGGAUGAGAGCGAUGAAAUAGUGAUAGUCGAAGAUCUCCAGCGACAGCUACGCGAGAAAGAGAUGACGUUAACCGAUUUCCAACUGCAAGCUGUCAAAUCAGCACAGCAGUUAGAUCAGUAUAAAGAGGAUAUGCAACGGAUGCGGAAUGAGAUCGAAAUUCUGCGGCAAGAUAAUAUGAGGUUACAUCGGUUGGUGGCUGUCAAGCGGCGCAGUCUCUCAUCCGAACGAAAAUCACCUCACGAUGGGGGUGCACGCUCAACGCCCUCGGAAUCAGGAAUCGGAGACGAUGAAUCUCCUACGUUCGAUGCCAGACGAAUUCCGGUCAAGGUCAUUGCGGUAGAAGAUGAAAAUGGCCGAACCGACGAGGAAAGCGAAGACAUUCCGAUCGGUUCCGUAAACAUCGGUCCACUACUGCGUUGGGAGCAGUUGGAUCGAACUGUCAGACAGCUAUUUAAGGAGUAUGUCUCCCGCGUGGAUUCCAGACGGGAGCAGGCGGAUGUGCGCGAUCAGGCUAAUCUGGGUCUGACGGUGGAGAGCAUUGCCGGCUACCAUCUGGGCAUGGCGUUGCGCAACCGGGAUGAGCCGCCGACGGCUGACAGUUCUCCCAUCGAUUACCUUAAGUGUGAUGAUGAAAAAAUCCGUAUUGCUUUGCGAGGGAGUCGUGAUCAUGCUGUGGAUACAAUUGCCUUUGAAUCUCUUAUACCUAAAUCGUUCUUCCAGCGGUACAUUUCGUUGUUGACCGAGCAUAAACGAGUUAUCCUCUGCGGUCCUAGUGGGACGGGAAAAUCAUUUCUGGCGCGAAAAAUGGCACAACACGUUGUAAUGAGAUCCGGGAAAUCAGUAGCAGAUGGGGCAAUAACAACGUUUAACGUUGACCAGAAGAGCAGCAAAGAGUUGCGCCAGUACUUAUUACAAAUCGCAGAGCAGUGCGAAAGCAGCCAGAUGAAUGUUCCCAGUGUCGUGGUCAUUGAUAAUCUACAUCACGUCGGAUCGCUGGGAGAAGUGUUCAACGGAUUCCUUAGUGUCCGACAUCACCGCUGUCCCUUCAUUAUUGGAACCAUGAAUCAAGCCACCUGCUCCCCCGCAAAUCUUCAGUUGCAUCACAAUUUCCGGUGGAUCCUGUGCGCUAACCACAUGGAGCCAGUUAAGGGAUUCCUGGGGCGUUAUCUGCGGCGGAAAAUUAUCGGGCAUGAAUUAGCGAUGGGCGUGUGUGAUUCGGCACUGACGAAGAUUAUUGACUGGAUACCGCGAGCAUGGCAGCACAUUAACACGUUUCUGGAAAAACAUAGUUCAUCGGACGUGACGCUCGGACCGAGACUAUUUUUGGACUGUCCCAUCAGUGUCCGCGAAUCGCAAGACUGGUUUACACUACUCUGGAAUUAUUCGCUCGUUCCCUAUAUUUUGGAAGCCGUAAAGGAAGGGCUACAGCUAUAUGGGCGAUGCAUUCCCACAUGGGAAGAUCCAGUCGAGUGGAUUUUAGAAACCUACCCAUGGCCGCCUAACGAAAAAGAGGAUGACCGCGCUCACCAUGGACUCAACCGUCUCCGUCCGGAAGACGUCGGUUUUGAGACAUACGGGAUAAACAACGGCACCAAAUCCAAUGGUAUUCCUUUUGCCGAUGAUGUGCCGAGUGACCCUUUGUCCCAUAUGCUCAUGCAACUGCAAGAAGCCGCACUGUACUCAACAAACCAAAAUAACUUGGAAACGAAUGAUCCAAAAAUGCAUUUAAGUGAGGAUGUAACGACGGAGACACUGAGCCUGCGCUCCUAGUGAGAGUGAUGGCCGUUAGCCGUUUUUGUGACAAAGAUUGCCCAUUACGCUGACUCCGUGCCUUGACUGUCGGACCAAAUUUUCUACCGUUUACCAAAAUUGAAUCUGACAUGAUGCAUUUGGCAUUGACGAAAUUGUUGUUUGUUUUCACUAUCUGGUCCGUUGUUUGUGCUAGUUCUGCAAAUUUUUCGUAUGGAUAGAUGUCCAUAUCCGUGACUGUUCAGUCAGUGUGAUGCAAAAAUGAUGUAUAUAUCUGUAUGACUUACGAGAUGACAAAAAUUAAAAAAUAUCUUAACUA